CGUGGCGCGCGCGUCAGAGCCCCCCUCCCCUCCCCCGCGGGCCUCGGUUCUAACGACCCGGUGGGUCGAGAGCCGAAGGGAGGGAGAGAAGGUGGGAGCCCCGGCCUUCCUCACUGGCCUCCCUCCCAGCCCCACACCGUCCAGCCCCAUGGUCCCCGCCGCCGGCGCGCUGCUUUGCGCCCUGCUGCUGAGUCUGGGGCCCCGGGCGGCGGGGGCCGAAGGCUUGACUUCGACCGCGAUGCCGCGGAACAGUCUCCGCUUCGGGGGCCCUAUGACCCGCAGCUACCGGACCACCGCCCGGAGCACCCGGAGCGUUGUUUCCCAGAAGAUGAGGGUAACAAUGGAGGAUGAGGACGACGUCGUGGCCGUGGCCGACAGCCUGGCAGGCCCGGCCGCUGCCGAGCUCUUGGCCUCCACGGUGUCCACAGGUAGCCGGUCGCGUUUGUCGGCGGAGGAGGAUGGGUCUUUGGAAGAGGGGGUUGUGAUUUACGCCAGAAAGAAUAACACCGAGUUGGAGACUCACAAUACGACUUCCAGUACACCUGGGGGGCCUAGCCCAGGGUUUACAGCGAAUGACCAGGAUUCCGAAAUCAGGAUGAGUUCAAGCCAGCGGCCCUCCACCUGGAAGGCUAACGUGGACCAGCUGCUCUCCGACACUACCCUGAACCAGUGGUCAACAGCACGGUCCACCCGGAACCAGUGGCCACCGCCCUCGCCCACAGCCAUGCCAGCUCCCGAGGAUCUGCGGCUGGUGCUGAUGCCCUGGGGCCCGUGGCACUGCCACUGCAAGUCCGGCACCAUGAGCCGGACCCGAGCCGGGAAACUGCGUGGCCUUUCGGGGCGCCUGCGAGUUGGGGCGCUGAGCCAACUCCGCACUGAGCACCGGCCCUGCACCUACCACCAAUGCCCCUGCAACCGCGAGCGGGAGGAGUGCCCCCUCGAUGCAGGUCUCUGUCCUGACACCAGCUGCACCACUCAGACCACCACCAGGGCCACCACCACUACUCCCUUUCCCCCACUAGUCAGCCGACUCAGACCCACCCCCUUCAUCCCCAGUCUCAGGCCCAACCCAGCCCUUGCUUUUUGGAAAAGGGUCCGGACUGGGCUGGAGGAUAUUUGGAACAGUCUGUCUACAGUGUUCACAGAGAUGCAACCAAUAAACAGAAAUCGGAGGUAAUGGCCACUUCAACCACAAGAGGAGGUGUCAGCAUCUCAACCUCUCUUCCCCUUUCAAUCCCAGCACCCACUGGAUAUUUUUAG